AUGGAGCAGAUUCAAACUCAUCCGUCUAACGCUGCACAAGCGAAGACUUUCAUUGCGCCUGGUUCCCUCUCUUUUCCAGGUGGCGCUGGUGACCUCACACCGCCCUCUACCGACAUAGAAAAGCAGAAGGUCGCUCAAGCAAAUAAUGCUCAUCAGGCUGUCGUGGGAACUACUGGCAAUGGUAUCACACCCGCUACUCCUGCGGCUACGCCAAACGCGUCACAUGGUGCCACAAUAGGUGUCAGCGGUAUAGUGCCAACGUUGCAGAACAUCGUUGCCACUGUCAAUUUAGAUUGUCGGUUGGACCUAAAGACGAUUGCCCUUCAUGCCAGGAACGCAGAGUACAACCCUAAGCGUUUCGCAGCUGUUAUUAUGCGGAUACGCGAGCCCAAAACCACAGCGUUGAUAUUUGCAUCCGGAAAGAUGGUAGUUACAGGUGCAAAAUCAGAAGAUGAUUCUAAACUAGCCUCUCGAAAAUAUGCUCGAAUAAUACAAAAGCUUGGAUUCAACGCUAAAUUUACAGACUUUAAGAUACAAAAUAUCGUCGGAUCUUGUGAUAUCAAAUUCCCGAUACGGCUGGAAGGACUAGCUUCUAGACAUCACAAUUUCAGCUCCUACGAACCUGAGUUGUUUCCUGGGCUUAUUUAUCGAAUGAUUAAGCCUAAGAUUGUACUAUUGAUUUUUGUUAGCGGAAAAAUAGUCCUUACAGGCGCCAAAGUUCGUGAGGAAAUAUACCAAGCUUUUGAAAUGAUUUAUCCAGUUCUUCAAGGUAAGAAUAUAAAUAAUAUGCAAUUGGCACACUAA